AUGUCGAAGCCGACACAGAAGCUGUCAAAAGAGGAUGAGUUAUUGCUUCAGGAUUUUUCGGCAGCUGUAUCGGCCAAAGGGAGUGCACUGUUUUAUGGUAAUUCAACGGUGAUCGCUUUAGCACCGCUGUAUCUUUUCUAUGGAAUACAUCAGAUGGAAUUGGCCGAUUCAUGGAUUGUUUGGUUGAUUUCUGCGCUUGCUGCUUCCUAUCUGAUCAGUUUCGCGUACAAAAAUGUUAAACACGUUUUGAAACAUAAAAUUGUUGUAAAACGAAGUGAUGCGGUAACGCGUGAAAUGAAU